UCUACGUCACAUGACGCAGCCCAUCAUGGCGGCAGGAGCGCGGCUGCCCUGGCCCGCGGUUCCGCAGGGCUGCUGCCGUUGAGAGGCGGCGGCGGCGGCGGCGGCGGCGCGGGCGGCGCGGUCGGGCGGGCGGGAAGGAUGGUGUUUCCAUGGUCGGAGCGGCGGGCGCGGACCAGGAGCCGGGCUGAGGUUUGGCCGAAGCGACGCGCGCUCAGGAGCAGCCGGCGCGGGUGCCGCUGAGGCAGCGUCGGGAGGCAGGAGCGACUGACAGACGGACUGACGGGAGGCGACCCCGAGAGCCGGCCCCGGGGCGGCGCCGUGGGCGAGAUGCCGGGGCCCCCGGCGUGGCUGCUGUUGCUGGUCCUGGCCGCCGGCAGUGCCGGGGCCACGCCACUUCCGCGAACAGGUGCAGGGGAGCUGCCUGCGGCAGAAGUCUCCUCGGCCUUUGUGGUCCUGUCCGUGUGCACUUUCAUCGUGCUGAUCGUGCUGGUGGCCAAUUGUGUUUCCUGCUGCAAGGACCCGGAAAUAGACUUUAAGGAAUUUGAAGAUAAUUUUGACGACGAGAUAGAUUUCACACCACCAGCAGAAGAUACGCCCUCCGUCCAGUCCCCAGCAGAAGUGUUCACACUCUCGGUCCCAAGUGUCUCACUGCCAGCUCCGUCCCAGUCCCAGCCCUCUGCAGAAGGUUUGAAGUCUCAAGUUGCUCGCCACAGUCUAAACUAUAUACAGGAAAUUGGAAAUGGCUGGUUUGGAAAGGUCCUCCUCGGAGAGAUUUACACAGGCACUAGCGUAGCGCGGGUGAUAGUGAAGGAGUUAAAAGCAAGUGCGAGCCCAAAGGAACAAGAUACCUUUUUGAAAAAUGGAGAACCUUACUACAUCCUUCAGCACCCGAACGUCCUGCAGUGCGUGGGGCAGUGUGUGGAAGCCAUCCCCUACCUUCUGGUGUUCGAGUUCUGUGACCUGGGCGACCUGAAGGCCUACCUGCGCAGCGAGCACGAGCACAUGCGGGGCGACACGCAGACCAUGCUGCUGCAGAGGAUGGCGUGCGAGGUCGCCGCGGGGCUGGCCGCCAUGCACAAGCUGCACUUCCUGCACAGUGACUUGGCCUUGCGGAACUGCUUCCUUACCUCGGACUUGAAUGUGAAAGUGGGCGAUUACGGAAUAGGAUGCAGCAGGUACAAGGAGGAUUAUAUUGAAACAGAUGAUAAAAAAGUUUUCCCUCUGCGAUGGACUGCUCCAGAAUUAGUAACCAGCUUUCAAGACAGACUACUGACUGCAGAUCAAACUAAGUAUAGCAACAUUUGGUCCCUGGGUGUGACGCUUUGGGAGCUUUUUGACAAUGCUGCUCAGCCGUACUCCGACCUCUCCAACUCCGAGGUGCUGAACCAGGUCAUUCGGGAGAGGGGCACGAAGCUCCCCAAGCCCCAGCUGGAGCAGCCGCAUUCCGAUAGGUGGUACGAAGUGCUGCAGUUCUGCUGGCUGUCGCCGGAGAAGAGGCCCGCGGCCGAGGACGUGCACAGGCUGCUCACCUACCUGCGCAUGCAGAGCCAGAGGGACUCGGAGGCCGGCUUCGAGCAGCAGUGGAACGCCCUGAGGCCGAACACCAGCGGCAGGGACGCCUCCAGCAGCGCCGCCUUCCCGAUCCUCGACCACUUCGCCAGGGACCGGCUGGGCCGGGAGAUGGAGGAAGUCCUCACCGUGACGGAGACCAGCCAGGGCCUGAGCUUCGAGUACGUCUGGGAGGCCGCGAAGCACGACCACUUCGACGAGCGCGGCCGGGGCCCCCCGGACGAAGCCCUGUCUUACACGAGCAUCUUCUUCCCGGUGGAGGUGUUCGAGCGCUCUCUUUCGGACCCCGGGCCUGGGAAACAGGACAGCAGUGGCCACGAGGUCCCCCUGAGAGCCCCCGGCGUGGUUCCCGUUUUUGAUGCCCACAACCUUUCUGUCGGAAGCGACUACUACAUCCAGCUGGAAGAAAAGAGCGGUAGCACCUUGGAACUCGACUACCCGCCGGCAGUGCUUACGACGGAAAUGGAGAACCCGGAAAGGACCGGCGGCGAGGCGCCCCCGUUUCUGACCCUCAGGAGCCUUGAGUUCGAGGAGUCCAGUACAGACGAGGAUUUCUUCCAGAGCAGUGCAGACCCCAGGGAUCCCAGCGUCCCUGAGGACGUGCGUGCUCCCCAGGGCCCCGAGAGCCCUUUCGACAGUCUGUUUAAUGAUCUUGACAAACCGGAGGAUCUGCCCAGUCACCAAAAAAUAUUUGACUUAAUGGAACUAAAUGGAGUUCAAGCCGACUUUAAACCAGCCGCUUUAAGCUCAAGUUUGGACGACCCCAAAGACUCGGCGAUAACAGGCCACUUCGAGAAAGAAAAGGCCCGUAAGCUUUUUGACUGUGAGCCUCUUUGCUUACCAGAAAACCUUACGCACCAAGAUAAUUUUGAUCCACUGAAUGUGCAAGAAUUGUCAGAAAACUUUUUAUUUCUUCAAGAGAAGAACUUACUAAAAGACUCAUUGUCUCGCAAAGAACAGAUAAGUGAUCUUCAAACGGAACUUAAAAACGCUGGUUUUACUGAAGCUAUAUUAGAAACUCCAUGUAGAAAUGCUUUAGGUACUGAGCUUCGGUUUGCUGAAAACGAACCCGGCUUUUCUGCGCUGCGAGAAAGCACGGGCGCGAAGGGCCCGAACGCCGGCGAGGCGCUCGGGGACCACACUUUGAGCGCCUCGCUGCCGUCCUCCCCGGAACUGCAGGUCCCUCCCACCUCCCUCGACACAGAAGGGACGCCUCACAAUGCACCUCCAGGCGUGUUCCUGAAGCAGGGAGAAACCACGCCCAGGCAUUUAGAUGUCAGUAUCCAUGACGACGGUCUCUGCCAAGAAACAAAUUUAGAAUCUAUGACCGUCCCCGAUGAAAUCCCCUCUGCUGGUGCCACACCACCCGGUGUUGGCGACGGGUCCCCUGACCGGGCUCACCACCGUGAGGAGGCCUCGAGACGAACCCAGGGCGACGCGGGUCUGGGGGGUGACGUUUUUGCCGGUGAAGGGGGUGUGGGGAGCAGCCUCCCGGAGCCGACACGGAGCCUGCAGAGCCGGCCGCUGUCGGAAGACCGUCGCAGCAGCGGCCGGCCGGGGAACAGCUCGGACGCUGCGGGCGCUUUGGACCAGCCGGACUGUGAAGACGCUGCACGAGAGGGGGGCUUGGCGUCCGCCCUCUCCUCGGACUCCGCCAGCCAGGACAGCCUCUUAGAGGACAGCUCGUCAGCCCCCGCUCCCGAGUCGGAGCCGUCCAUGGAGACCCCGGACUCGCUGGACUCACUGGACGUCCACGAGGCUCUGUUGGGUCCUCUAGGCUCCCAGUCUCCCCAGAAGCUUCUGCCCCCCGACAAGCCUGCCGACAGCGGGUAUGAGACAGAGAACCUGGAGUCGCCUGAAUGGACUCUGCACCCUGCCCCCGAUGGCGCCGCGGCCUCGGACGUGGCCACGGCAAGUGACAGCGGGCGUGGCGAGUUGCCUCCCAACCCUGUCAUUGUCAUCUCCGACGCAGCCGAUGGCCCCAGGAGUACCGAGGUGACCUCACAGACUUCCGCGCCUGGCUCUCAGAGCUCGUACCGAGACUCUGCCUACUUCUCAGAUAAUGAGUCUGAGCCCGAUAAGAAGUCAGAGGGGGUCCCGGGAUCCGUAGUGUCAGCCACGGCGUUGGUGACAGACCAGCCGCUGCCUGGGCCAGCCAUCCCAGAGCCGAGUCCUGGCGCCAAGGACAGUUGCCUGGAAACCAGAAAUGGGCAGCCAGAGCAGAGCCGUCUGUCCGCUCUGCAGAGCCCCAGUCUCCCGGAGUCCGGAGCAGCCCCGGAACCUGCACUGACCGACGUCCCCAAAGAGCUGCCCGCCCCCGCAGAUGAGGCCGGCAGCCCCUCGAGUGUGCCGAACUCGGAGCUGAGCAGCGGCGAGGACUUGGAGGCGCCGGAGGAGCACCCCUGCACGAUCGUGUCCACCGGGACCAACACCGAUGAGCUCCUCGCCUUUGCCGGCUCCUCCCCGCGCCCCAGCAGCCCUCCCGACCUGACGGUGGGCAGGCCCCCGCCCAGCCACCCGGAGGGCCCCAAGCUGAAGGAGCCGGACAUCGAAGGGAAGUACCUGGGGAAGCUCGGCGUGCCCGGCGUGCUUGACCUCUCCGAGGACGGGGUCGACGCAGAUGAGGAGGACGAGAACAGCGACGACUCGGACGAGGACCUGCGGGCCUUCAACCUGCACAGUCUCAGCUCCGAGUCGGAGGACGAGACCGAGCACCCCGUGCCCGUGAUCGUCAGCAACGAGGACGGGAGGCACCUGCGCAGCCUGCUGAAGCCCCCGGCUGCUCUUGCGGGGGGCCAGCUGCCGGAGGAUUGGGAAAGAGACAAGAAGGCCGUGACCUUUUUUGAUGACGUCACGGUGUAUCUGUUUGACCAGGAGACCCCCACCAGAGAGCUGGGACACUGCGGAGCGGAGGCCCACGGCCCGGAGCGGGGCGGCCCCACGCCGUCGUCAGGCUCGCCCUGCCUGGGCAGGUGCAUGAACUCGGAGAGCUCCACCGACGAAGAAGGCGGAGGCUUUGAGUGGGACGACGACUUCUCCCCAGACCCUUUCAUGUCAAAGACGACGAGUAACCUCCUGAGUUCCAAGCCUUCUCUGCAGACGUCAAAGUACUUCUCACCGCCGCCGCCGCCGCCCCGGAGCGCGGAGCAGAGCUGGCCCCACGCGGUGCCGUACUCCAGGUUCUCCAUCUCUCCCGCCAGCAUCGCCAGCUUCUCUCUGACACACCUGACCGACUCAGACAUCGAGCCAGGAGGAAGCAGUGAAGACGGAGAAAAGGAUUAGACGGACGCGGACGCACUCUCGGGCCCCAGGCUGCUCCCCGGGCAGCGGUCCUGCACUGCCGGCCGGGCAGUGCCGAGCGUGGGACACCUGCUGAGACGGGGCAGGGAGAAGGACUUGGGCGGCGGAGCGGGCGCCGGCGCUGGGUCUGUGCCCACGGCCCAUGCAGGAAGCCCGUCUCGGGAGACGUGGUCCUGUCCAGCACGGUGUGCUGCCCUGGUGGCCGCUCUCGCCCGCUCAAGACACGCGGGCUCUGGCCAUCCUUGGGGAGGGCUGGCCCUGCUCGGGGGCGUGGGGAACCAGGGGCUCCCGGCUGUUUCCCGUCUCCACGCGGGGUCCUCUGCGUCCACCCCCGUGCGCCCUGUCUGCGCGGGGGCCCAGAGGACGUGUGGUGGGGCUUGGCAGCAGUGAGCCAUAUUUAUUAUUUUUAAAGAAAUCACUAACUGCUUUCUGUAAUUGCACUGUGGAUAAAUGUUCUAAGAGUCCCUGAUACUGUACAGAAUCUUAAAUUAUUCAAGGAAAAUAAGGCAGGUCAAGCUGGUGCUACCCACUAGUUUGAUUUUUUUUUGUUUUAUAGUUUGUUUGCUCUGCAUGGUACUUGUAAAGCUUAAAUUCUUUGAGUGUAUGCAGUCCUUAGAAUUGUUGGAAUUGUACAUAUGGUACUCUUUCGUAAACGACGAAGGAUCCCGAAUGUUAGUGUCUCCUGUCCUUGUAGGAAGUAUUUUUGGUGAGUCCCACAGGACUGCUCUGCUGUCGCCCGACCGCUGAAGCCCGCGUGGUCUGUUCCCCGUGAGGGGGUUUCCCUGCGGCCGGUGAGGCGCUCAGAGGAGCCAGGGCCCUGCAGCCUCCGCGUGGUUCUCCCACCCCGCUCCCCAGUUUCCUUAAACCCUCGUGGUAAAAAUCGAAGGUGGUACAUCCCAGAGUCCCUGUCCCUCCCCCGGGGCAGAGGCGGGGCCUCCGCUGCUGGCGUGUCUUCCUGGGUGGAACUGGGCAGCCCUGCAGGGCCGCACACCAGACGCCCCCGGGUGCCCCACACGGACCCUCCCUUCUGCAUUAUGCACCAGGUUCUGCCCUCGCUCGGAAAGGGACCGGGCGUGCCCGGUGCAGCCUCACAGUGCUGGUCACCUCUUCCCGGAGUCCCCGAGUGCUGCGUUGAGCCGCGUGGCAGCGCUGUGCUGAGGGCGGUGGCGCGUGCUCGCGAGGCCAGGGCUGCGGGCCCGUGCGCGCCCCUCCCCUGGGUGUCCUCUGGUGCUGACGUGCUCUCCCGACUGCGACUGCGCGGGCCCUGGCCUGACUCUCCCGGCCUCAGGGGCCACGUGGUGUGUCACCGGAUCUGGGUGUCCGGAAGAGAUGCAAAUGCGAAUGCUGGCUCCAGUUUCCAUGGUGAAGCUGACCUUCUUUACCAAUUCUGGUUCACUCUACUAACUUUUGAUACUAGCAAUAACUUUUCUGAGCAAGAAAAUUCAGAAUGGAGAACCGGCCCCCUUUCCUCCAUUUGCCGUGAGCACGGAGCACCGGGCGGGGGGCAGCACCGGGGCCGGACCCUGUGCCGGGCACGUUGGGAAGUUAAUGGGGCAUUAGACGGUGACUUUGCCAAAUUGCCAAACUCUGAAUUUCUUACUAUGGAGACUUCCUGAGCUUUCUGAAUUUUUACAUCUAACUACCAGCUUGGUUUAGAGAGGAAAUGAGGCAAUUAUACUGUUUGUUUUUUAAAGUAUAGAUUUAAGGGGUUCAGAUUUAAUGACCAAAAUCAAGCAGAUCCAUAGAAUAUAUAGUCUUGUUAAUACAGUCAGCUCAGGAUAAAUUUGGUAUUUGGGGUUGUCCAUUUUUCACUACGAUUCAGGAGAUUUUAACAACAUAAUUCCCAUUUUAAUUUAUUUUAAGUACAUAUCACUCAUAAUUAAUUGCCAAGAAAAGCAUUUUUAUACGUUGCGUUGGGGGUGGGUUGAAGUAGUAGAUAUUCCUGUGGGGUUGCAUGGUAGGGAGGAAUUUAUAUUUAUAAUAAACAUGUAAGUGAACAUGUUCUUUGGAAAUCUCAAGCAAUACACAAGAAAUAAAUUAUGUACAUUAAAUUUUCCAGCCCGUUUUUGAGAUGUCAGCAUGUGCUCUGUCGUUUCGGUUCUUUUACUCAGCUGGUAUCGGUGUUGGGUUUUCAAGCGGCACUUCCUCUCCUAAGUCACGCAGCGAAAUACGCCCGUGGGUUCUCGGGGCCACACGCUGAGACCGGAGUCCCUGGCUCCCGGGGUCCGCUCCUGGCCUCCCUUGGACAUCUCUUCAGGUUUCAAUCAGUCCUGCUUUGGUGGAGUUGACGUAUUUUAAAUCCUAUGAUAAAAAUAAUGUAACCUUCAUUUCCUUCCCAGCUAGAUGCUAAUUUGUGUUACCAAAUGACUCUGGGGCAAGCCAGAAGGGGAGACGGAGGGCUCCCCAAACCCUUCUGAGCCCUGGACCGUGGUCUGGGGGAGCAGCCGCCGUCCUGCGGGCGGAGCGGCCCAGCGAGCGCGGUGAGGACCGACGCGCGCUCAGACCCCUCGCCGCUGCGCUGGCGGCUGUUCCCGUGGAGGCGGGCCCACCCGAGAGAAGACUCCGUCUUGCUGCCGGAAAAGGCCUCUGAGAACCUCUUCCUCCUAGUAUUCCUUCCCACAGGGUGCUCGCGGGGCGAGGGGCGGGUGCCUCGCUGCGUGUUUGUCCCGAGGCCCAGGUGGGCGGGAACCGGCCAUGGCUCCCGGGCCUCGGAGGCGCCGGCCCUGCGGGAAGCGGCCUCACGCGGGAGGGGCGGUGCCGAGUCGCCCCAGACGCGGUGGGCUCCGACGGUCCGCCCAGCAAGCCCUCCUCGGCGCAGGAGCAAACUCGCGAGGCUGUGGCGACCGUACUGCCUUCCCAACAGCCUGUUGCGUGGAUGGCUUGAACCCGCCUCGGUUCAGGUGCGCGCAGGCGCAGGUGGGACCUGCGCGCCCACGGGUCGGUUUCCGCGGCGGACAGGACAGGACCGAGGGCGGCCACACCUGCGAGGUCCCUUGCUGUGCAGUCGGAAGAGUUACAUUCACGGCGAUGUAACCGUCAUGGACUUUGAGUUUAAAUUGUGUACAUUUUUAAUUGUAAGAUUUUUACUGUAUAUUGAUGCAUAGUGUGAUUCGAUAAAUUGCUUGUAAUUUAAAAACUAUUUAAUAUUCAAAAUAAAUAUAGUUAUAUAUUUA